ACACUCUGAGUGCUUUUCAUUCAUUCGUAAACAUUUGUUAAAAUAAGGUGUGUGUGAACCUGAACGUAUCGUACUCGUGUCACAUUGAAAUAAAAAGAAAAUAUAGAAAAGUGCAUGAUUUUUCAAUUAUUAAAUAUAUCAUUAAAUAAAUUACAUAUUCUUUUUAAGAAACAACAAAAAGAAUAGAUAAGAAAAGUGAAAUAAAAAUUCUUUAAUGCGAUAAGAAAGAAACAAAGUGAGUGGAGAGUGGCAAUAAAUUUGCUUAAAGUUCAAGCCUUCAAGGUUUUCCCAAUUAUUUAGUUUUUUCCCCAAAGAAAGACCAUAUUUUAUCUAUUUUUAUAUAAAUUUUAUACAUUUUUUCGUGGGUGUGUCUGAUAAAAAUUAUAUUUUUUCUUUAAAAAUUAUAUUAAAAACGCAAUUUAUUAAAAUAUAAAAAAAAAAAAAAAACAAGUAAAGAAAAAAAUCUCCAAUUGGAUUUUGACAGCAGUGACACUGACAGAUAGUGAAUUCUCGUACCACCCAUUUUUGUGUACCUACACUAAAAACCAAAAGUUUGAAGUCGUUUUUUUUAUAGAAAAUUAAAGUUUAAAAAAAAUGAAAACACCUGCAAAAUCUGUUGCUGCAGUUAAUACUGCAAAUACAACAAUAAAUAAUAACAAUAACAACACACAAGGUGGUAGUGUUAAUAAUAAUUUGGGAAAUCAAAACAAUAUGGAUUCAUCAUCAUUUUUCGAUGAUAAACAACAACAACAACAGCAACAACAACAGUUUACAGCUCCAGCUGGAAAUGCUUCGAAAAGACCUAUUUCUUUGGAUUUAAAUACUACUAAAGCUAAUCCAGCAAAGAAACAACGUAUGAGUGAAGUUGUCCCAACUCCCAUGUUGCUAGAAUCGCUAGCAACUCCUGAUUUGGAGAAGAUUCUAAUGCCAAUCAAUUUACUUCAGGAUCUUACACCGGUGCUUGCAUUUUCGUCCAAGGUUACAUCUGAACAAGAAGGUUUUGCUAAAGGAUUCGUUGAAGCUCUUAAAAGUCUUCAGAAUAAUGAUAAUAACAAUGCCCAUACCAAUGGAAUGAGUGGUGGUUCAUUUACAUACACAAAUUUGGAUGAUUCAUAUCCAGUUGCUAUUAAAGACGAACCCCAAAACCCACCACCAUCACCACCCCAACUAACUCCAAUCGAUUUGGAGAAUCAAGAAAAAAUCAAACUAGAACGCAAGAGACAACGGAAUCGAGUAGCAGCAUCAAAAUGUCGCAAACGUAAACUCGAACGCAUCUCCAAACUGGAAGAUAAAGUUAAAGAACUUAAAGGAGAAAAUGCCGACCUUGCACUAGUCUUGAAGAAUCUCAAAGAUCAUGUAUUCCAAUUGAAACAACAAGUCAUUGAUCACAUCAAUGCCGGAUGUAAUAUUGCAUUGUAUAACGGUGCGACACUUUUGCAAGGCAAAUAACAGGAGGAUUUCGCCGAUUUAAUUGAUGGCAGUGGAGGCGGAGCAAGUGGGUCAUCGCUGGACUCCUCUGAAGCUGCCACAACGGCAACAUAUGAAUUAGUUGUGCCCUCCGAAGAGGAAUCCCUCCAGCCAGUUGACAUAGCCGCCAAUGCCAAUG